AUGUUCAGUUACCUCGAAGCACUCCGUCACAGAUCCGAAAAAGAACGACAAAUCCGCGAAAGACUCACUCAAAGAAGAGGACAAGAGUGGCGCCACAACACACACAGACGACGCCAAGACGAGGACUCAAUCCGCUUCCAAAUAAGAUAUCAACAAGCCAAAAAAUCCCAGAUUAAACGACAAGUAGAAAUUGACUAUAUGGCAGAGCGGAGACAGUUGCGGCGAUUUCGGGAGUGGGGAAGAGCGGCUAGGAAGCGCAAGUUGCAGUUGGUGGGAUUUUUGGAUGGUGAGGGAGAUGUAGAGAGCUGGAGAGAAAAUAUUAAGGAGGAUGAGGAUGAUAAGUGGAAGAGAGAGAUUCAACUUUGUAUGAAGAAAUUGGAGAGUAGGAAUCGGGUGGAGGUUAAGUGGGAUUAUUUGGUUAUGUGGGGGUUGAGUAUUUUGUCGGUUAGGCUAGCGGUUUUUGCUUGUUUUUCUUAG